ACUUCCGGAACUGAAGCCUUACGGGUAGUUUGACUGAAACCGUGUGAAACCAAUUAAAUCUCGCAGCGUGCAGAAAGCCAGCCAAUCAUUGACAAGAUCCAGAGACAGAGGCGAGUGCUUUGAACUUCCUCAUGCCGCGGUAGGGCGAAUUCUGUGGCUUCAACAUGAAGGUGUCAGCAGAGCGGCAGGAGCAGUACCGGGAGUUUGUCUCCUAUUAUGAAAGGAAGAGCCGAGAAGGAAACGUGGCUUUGUACGAGACGAUGGAUUCAAAGGGAGAUUGCCGCAUUCAGUCAGGGUCCAUUCUCACUGCGUGGUUAGGGUGUCCUUAUUUGCAGGUCCUGAGGGAGAAUAAUAUGGGUGCAGGGCAAUGGGCUUCCGUGCUCAGAGGCCUCAUGAAAGGCUUUGCCAUUUUGGAGCUUAUCUGUGUCAAUCUCUUCCUUUAUCCGUGGAGGAAAGAGAUCAGGACUCUAAAGAAAUUUACUGGUAAUUUUGUGUACUUUGUUGCACCAGUGAUUCCAGAACACAUGGUGACACAGAUCCUCCAGAGAGUGGGUUAUACAGUGGUCACAGAAACAGAGUAUAUCUGUGGAGGAAUAGUGAACUCAGAAGAAGCCAAACAAACAGCCUUUGAAUUAUUUCUGUGUAGGACACAAUGUGAGAUAUUAAAGAGGCUGAUACAAGAAGGUAGAAUGGACCAUGUGCAGCUCUUUGUAAAUUAUGAAGACAGCGGUGAAAUAAAAGCAGAACCUGAUCAUGAAAAAGUAUUGCAGACUUCAGCUGGUAAGGUUGAGACUACAGAACUGGAUUUUAAUCACACUGAAGACAAAACUGUCAUGCCUUCAGAUUCCAAAACUCACAAAGAUUUUUCCAGUGAUUCUGUAUAUUUUUACAGCAACUGUGCAGAGAGUGCAGAAUUUCUCAAUCAAUACAGUGACCUAAUCCUGGCCCAGGAGCCAAUUCUACCAAAACAUAUCAAACAAAGUUGUACAAAGACUAAAGAGAAAAGUAUAGAUCGGUUGGUAAAACCAGUGUGUGAAGAAUCAAACACAAGUGACAUCCUGACACAGGUCAAGCGCUCCAAUGCUUUUCAUAUUGACCCAAACCAUAUAACAGCAAGCAGACAAGUUGUGCAAGAGACAGUGACUGAUAGUGGCUCUGAAAGCAAUGAAAUAAUAACCUGUACCCAAGACCUGACCAAAAAGGAGAGCAAUCAUCCAGAGAGACUGGUGAACAAGUUGAAGCUUGAGAAUAUGAUAGAUGAAUCGUUAGCCUAUCCUAUUGAAGAAACUUUACCUCCAAAUGUCGAAUCUGCAAGCAGCAACGAGACAAAAAACUGCAGUCCAAAUACGUAUAGUAUGAGCCAAAUCAGAGAGCCACCCAGUUCCACAUACAUACCCCCUGGUGGGGCAGAGAGGCAGUGUGCUAAAAUCAUACAUAUGCACCCUAAAGAAAAUCACUUCCAAGCCCCUUCACCUGAAGACACAUUAAUGAUUGAUCAGUCAUUGUUUAAGAUGAACAUUGACCCAAAGGAGGACUUUGUUCUUAUAACCAGGAGAGAAAACGUGUAAAUUUUUUCCACAUCUCUAGAGCAAAUCUAUUUUUUUUUCUGAGAUUUUUCACAAUAUCUUCUUUAUACAGAAUUUCUGAGCAUAUUUUCUAAAAUAAAAUACAUUCGAUAAUAAAUGAAUACUAAUAAUUGA